AUGCAGGCACCAAACUACCGGUACGGCUACAGUCCAUUACAAGAGCCUCAAGGAGUGGCUGUCUAUCAGCGACCUGUGAGACCACCACCGCCGCCCCUACCAACUCCAGCAUUCCCUACCAAGGUAGGAAUGGAAAUUGGAGGCCUUCUCAACGCGAGAAACGCUGCCGCUGCUGACGCUCACUUACGUCGUCAACUACAGCAAUCAAUGCAAAUGGACGGAGGAGUGGCCUACGCAAUGAGUCACGGUCAAGGCCCGCCAAUGCUUCAUCACCAGCAGCAUCAACUGCACCAAGCUACUAGCCUGGGCUACCCUCCGAUGGGCCACGCUCAGCAUAGUGCUCAGCUGUACAGCAACAAUUUCAUCCCCAGGCAUGACAGCCACCAGUCCAUGGCUGAGGACAAUUUUGGUGCUAUGCGACCCAAGAAUGACGGAGCGCCGAAAGCAUUCGCUUGCAGCACUUGUUCCAAAGGUUUUGCCCGACGCAGUGACCUCGCCCGGCACGAGCGUAUACACAGCGGUAUCAGACCUCAUGCAUGCGAGCAUCCUGGUUGUGGAAAGCAAUUUAUACAGCGUUCGGCACUGACGGUACAUGCAAGAGUUCACACAGGCGAAAAGCCACACAUGUGCGAGCGUUGCGGCAAGCCUUUUUCUGAUUCCAGCUCGCUUGCGAGACACCGACGGAUUCAUUCGGGCAAGCGACCAUAUAAAUGUCCCUACGCCAACUGCCAGAAAACUUUUACAAGACGCACGACAUUGACCAGACACCAAAAUCACCAUACGGGCACCAUCGAGCAAGCUGCCGCUGAAACCAGCGCCAAACUAUCCACCACACAGCCUCAGUCUCAGUCGAUCUAUGGCUCUACCUCCGGAUCGUCAAGGAACUCGACGGCGUCGCCCGCAGAUAGAACACUAUCUGUCUCUCCCAACUCCGAACUACCACCCAUGACCAGUGGAAUGCAGCGUCAAGGCUCUGACUAUGGCUACAUUCCUCAAACCCACUCUUUGCCGCCCCACAUGCGGUCUGACUAUCCACAGGCUGCCCCUCGUGCCACCCCAUCCAUGGCUGGCCACUCGCUUCAGCACUUCACAAGUGCGCCUCAGCAGAGGCCUCCAACCACAUCUCAUCCUCCUAGCUUUGGCCCACCUCAGCCUUUAGAGCCUCCUACGACCGGAACAGGCAGCGGGCACGCUUCCCCUCACUUGGGAGCUCUGGGAUGGGUUUCGCCAAGCAAUGGCAACCUGCCUGGAUCGUCGUCCAUGGACAAUUUUGCUUAUCCCGAGCCUGCAUAUGGUGGACAUCCUAUGUACUACUCUGGUAGCAACAUUCGUCGACCUCAAAGCACCGAGCCGGAGGAGUAUGGAAUACGAUCUCGCCAUCCACACAUGGCCCACCAUGUGCCCAUCACGGCCGACUGGAACAUGCCAUUGGCGGUCCAGGAUAACCGGCAAGAGAGAUAUGUCAUGUAA